AUGUUUGCAGUUGCUUUCUUUGGCUUGUCUUUGAUGGCAUGGCACCCCAGCAUAACUGCACAAGAGAAGGUGAACCAGCGAGUUCCUCGGGCUGCAACCCCUGAAGCAGUUGAUUGUCAGUUGAGCGACUGGUCAGAAUGGACAGAUUGUUUUCCAUGUCAGGACAAAAAGUACCGACACCGGAGCCUCUUGCAGCCAAGCAAGUUUGGGGGAACCAUCUGCAGUGGUGAUAUUUGGGAGGAGGCCAGCUGUAACAGCCCCACACCUUGUCUGAGGCAAGCACAGUGUGGACAGGAUUUCCAGUGUGGUGAGACAGGUCGCUGCUUGAAACGCCACCUGCUAUGUAAUGGAGACAAUGACUGCCUGGAUGGCUCCGAUGAGGAAAACUGUGAGGACACCAUGGUCACUGAGGAUGACUGCCAUCAAUAUGACCCAAUCCCAGGAUCAGAAAGGGCAGCUUUGGGGUACAAUAUCCUCACUGAAGAGGAAGCCCAGAGUGUGUAUGAUGCCAAGUAUUACAGCGGCCAGUGUGAGACUGUGUACAAUGGCGACUGGAGGAAGCUCCAGUAUGACCCCACCUGUGAGCGCCUCUACUAUGGGGAUGAUGAGAAAUAUUUUCGGAAACCCUACAACUUCCUUAAGUACCACUUUGACGCCCUGGCAGAUACUUUAAUCUCCUCAGAGCUCUAUGAUGAUGCAAAUGAGCUCUUUUCUAAAAUAAAAAAGGACAAGUCACAGUCAAAUGGCAUAACCUUUGGCAUAGGCCCAGCAAAAGUUCCUAUAACACUGACGGCGAAUGUAUCCUGGUCCGACAAAUCUUCAUUCAUGAAAGAGUUAAGCAAGUAUAAUGAGAAGAGAUUCAGCUUCAUGAGAGUGUCUACAAAGGUACAGACUGCACAUUUUAAGAUGAGGAGGCACAACAUUGUGCUGGAUGAAGGAAUGCUGCAGUCACUGAUGGAGCUCCCAGAGCAGUUCAACUAUGGAAUGUAUGCCAAGUUCAUCAAUGACUACGGCACCCACUACAUCACCUCUGGAACCAUGGGUGGCAUUUAUGAAUACGUUCUGGUGCUUGACAAACAGAAAAUGAAAGAUGGCCGUAUUACCGCGGAAGAUGUCCAAAACUGCAUCGGAGGCAGCCUGGGCCUGGAGUUUGGGGAUACUUUAAUCGUUGAAGGAAGUUUAUCAGGAUUUAAGUGCGAGAAGUCUGGAGAUGCUAACAGGGAAAUACAGAAGAAGAGCUUGGCAGUGGAGGAGAUCAUUUCUCGGGUGCGAGGUGGCAGUCCUGACUGGGGCAGUGGCUUGACACAAAAUAGAAGUACCAUUACAUACCGGUCCUGGGGGAGAUCAUUAAAGUAUAACCCUGUUGUUAUCGAUUUUGAGAUGCAGCCCAUCCACCAGCUGCUGCGGCACACAAACCUGGGGCCUCUGGAGACCAAACGGCAGAACCUGCACCGGGCCUUGGACCAGUACCUGAUGGAAUUCAAUGCCUGCCGCUGUGGGCCCUGCUUCAACAAUGGGGAGCCCAUACUCCAGGGUACCAGCUGCAAGUGCCAGUGCAGCGCGGGUCGGCAAGGCCUUGCCUGUGAGCAGAUGGCGACGGAGGGAGCCAAAGCAGAUGGUCGCUGGAGCUGCUGGAGCUCCUGGUCAGAGUGCAGAGCGGGUACCCGGGAAAGGAGGAGACAGUGCAACAACCCUGCACCCCAGAAUGGAGGUGCCCCAUGCCCAGGGAAGAGCGUGCAGACCCAGACCUGCUGAGUACCUUUGGAGGCAGGCUGGGAAGUCUGUGGAUGCUGCUAACUGGCCUGCCUACUAGGUAGGACUGAUUGCUGCUCCAA